AUGGGGUACCAGCAAAUGUGGGAGUUUUGUCGCAACUUUGGCUUGCCAGCACCGGGGAAGGGUACUUUUUACAAGUACCUUGGUGAUGAUAAUGGGCUAUGGAAUGCUAUUCUGCGAGAGGCUGACAAGUCUAUGGCUGCUGUACGAGAGGAGAUGAUGAAGCGAGAAGUUCCUACAGAAUAUGUGGUGGUCGAUGGUCGAAGGUCACAUGUUCGUGAGGGAGAGUGGUGUACAGUAUCGUUCCUAGAUUUACCGUCUAGGAAGAUAAUGUACUGUGCCACGACACGAAAAGGGGUGGACGACACUUCUGCGGUGCGGCUGGAAAGGGUGGCUUUCGAUAAAGGGUUAGAUGAACUGGCGCAUAAAGGAUUUGUGGUGGAGGGGAUCAUCUCCGACCAAGGGACUACUUUUCGUGGCGCUGCGUCCGAAAGGGGAUUGAACCACCAGGUGGACUGGUGGCAUGUGAAGCGGACUCUGUACAAGUUGUUUCUGAAAGAACUCCAGGAUGCGGUCCGUGCACCAGUGGCGGUGGACAAUGCGAGCUGCAUUGAGGAUCUCUGGCUUGCGACUAUCGCAGGGCUACGGGAAUGGCUGACAGCACGGGGGUUGGCGGAGCAGGCGAAAGCUUCUUUGAAAGAGGCUUUGGUGAAAGCAGUUUGUGAAGCCAUGGGCACGAUUUUUUACAAAAAGAUGACCCCGGAAGAGGCGAAAUGGAAGUUUCCUGAGCUAAGAAAGGUGGUGCGGAUGGGGGGGGAGUGUAGUACGGUGGAGGUGCCUGUGAAUUAUGGUGAGGUGCCAGGUGCUUCUGAUGCUGAUGCGCGGGAGCGGGACGAGGGAGCCGAGCGGCCCGCCGUGGACGUGCCAACACGGGAGGAGUGGAACGUUGACGUGCAGUGGGAGGACGUGGAGGAACUAUGGAGUUAUGAUGUGCACCCGACGCAGGGUGCGCGACCCGCAUCUUUGGCGAGCACCCUCAUCAUGCUUGCGCACGCGGGCGCGAACGGAAACUCCCAUUUCAUCGGUGGAUCCACUCCUUGGCCCAACCUAGACACUGGGACCGGUAUGCGAGCACCCUCUACCCAAGUUUUGAGCAUGCUUGAUCAAAGUGCAUCUCCAUACUCAAAUCUUGGCUUUCAUUUUCUAACAUUCACAGAUGCGCUUGAUGGAGGCGGAGCUGAUACCGAAGUGCAGAACCCGAAUGCGUUCAGCAAGCCCGAGACACUACCUCGGUGGACUGGUCGCCGAAAGCGUAAACGAGGUGAAGACCAUAUCGAUUCUGGCAAGGAAGAACAAACUGUGGCACAACGCUUAUCCUCCCAUUUCUAUCACGUGAUGAUGCGAUGUGGUGCGAUGAAGAAAGAGGGGCAUCCUAUGACCCCUGCUGACGUGGCGAGGGAGCUUGGGAGCCCACCCAACCACUGGGCAGGUGACCACUCCGGAUGUGGUGGGGUAGGAGAUACCCCACCUCGCUGCGUCAGAGAGGGGUGGGGCAAGGACCAUGCCAUUUACGAGUUUGGGUCAUCGACACACAAGGCGGUUCGUGAGUGGUUCUCCAAGCACUUAAGCCCUGAGAAGGUGGAAUCGUUUGUGCAUGGUGCAUCGAGUUCACUCAACGAGUCGUUUCAUUCUUGA